ACACAAACACGAGCAGCCGGUCCAGCGGAAAAGUUUCUAGAACGUCGAACUCGAACUCCAUUUAAAAAUCUAUUAAAACUGCAUUCGAGUGAUUUUAUAUUGUUAUUAAAUAAUUUAUUCAGUAAAGUUAUAACAACAGAAGCAUAAAUUAUUACAAUUCAGAACCUUCCAGAAAGCAAACUCUUUUUCUAAGGGAAAGAAACCAAGCAACCCUUAACAAACAAUCAAACAAACAAAAAUUAAACCCUCAAAAGUGAUAAGAAAAUUGUUAUUUGUGUAGAAAAAGUGCCGAUAAGAGACCCGAAGAGAUCUCUCCGUGAGUGAAGUGUCCCUUUGAGAGAGCUAUGUCCGCAUCCGCUGCCGGUUCGCGUAAUAAACACUCCAAGGUCCGUAACGAUGAGCAGCUCGACAUAAGCAAAGACGAGUUCAACCGGAUCAAGGAGGCCCUCAAGCAGGAGGAGUUCCGCAAGUUAUUUUUCGACUACGUCGAGGAAAUCCAGGACCCCGAAAAUCGAAAGAUCUACGAGGAGGAGAUCACCCAGUUGGAAAAGGAACGUGGCGUGGAGGUGAAGUUUAUCCACCCACAACCAGGAUUCGUAAUUAAGACGGCGUUGGAUGGUGAGGUUAAGUGCUUCAUUAACAUCGCCGGUUCUACGGAGAUCGAGAGGCCUAAGAAUGAGGUGGCAACCGAUCCAUCAAAUGGCAGACGUGGUUUGAGCUGGUCCAUUCCCAUGGCUCAGACAUCUUCGCGGGAUGAUUGCGAUGCCAAGAACAAUCAUUGCAAGGUGUUUGACGUGGUUUUCCAUCCGGAUGCCCUGCACCUGGCUAAGCGGAACAAGGAGUUCCGGCAGUGCCUUAUUGAUACGGCACUGGACGCUGUUGAACGUGAGUUUAAGGUCGCCCUAGAUCGAGCCAAUCUUAAAUUCCCUAAGCUGGACUACAAGGGCAUCGCCCGCCCCACUGUGAUACGCAAGCUGGCCGAGAAUCCUACGGCUGAGCAGCAGGAGCCGCAUCCCCUGGCGCACAUGUUUCCCACAGAACCACCAUCUUCUAAAAAAGUUGAGCCUCGGGUCCUGCCUAUGAAAGCGAAGCCCACUCCCGUGCCAGAGUUCACAGUCCCCAAAUAUUCAAUAAAGUAUAGUCACGAUGUGGACCUGUCAGAGUACACGGACGAGCUGGACGCUAAGCUGCAUGUGACCGUUCCUCGUUCCCUCGUCGUCGAGAUCGAGCUGCCUCUGCUUCGCUCUACAGCCGAAUGCCAACUGGAUGUUACAUCAAAGUCUGUAUUUCUAUUUAGCGAGCGUCAGGGCGCCAAGUACCGCCUGAAACUAGACCUGCCCUUCACCGUGGACGACAAGGCGGGACGGGCCCGCUUUGAUACGGAUCUGCGUCGCUUGAGCAUCACAUUACCCGUGGUGCGGAAGAGCGGGCAGGAACAUGCCCAAAUGCAUGAAACCCUGCGCAACUUUAGCCGCGAGGAUAGCGGCGUAGAGCUGCAUUCCAACAGCGAGUCGCCUGUGGAGGAAGAUCCCGAUGGCGAACUGAGCGAUUCCAAGGCGGAUAUUUCCGAGACUGCCACGCCCACUGCCACACCUGUGCGCAACGCCAACAGCCCGUUCCUUAAGAGCUCCGUGCACUACCAACUCCCCAGCAAGUUUGAUUGCAACGUGCUGGACAAUGUGAUGGCCUUCGUGCUUCACGUGCCCAACGUUCAACCUGAUUCCAUUGAGCAGUUGAAAGAGCAGCGAAGCCUCCACCUGCAGUUCGCCACUAUUGGCAGUGGCUAUUAUCCCACCCACUAUGCUUUUUACGUAGAACUGCCGGAGGAGGGCGAUGAAUCCGCCAUUGAGAGCGUAGAGGCGGAGGCAUGGGACAACAAUGUUGUGCUCAAGCUGUGCCUGAGCUCGCAGAGCGAGGCUCCCGCUUGCUAUCUCGCAGGACUAGAUGCCACGGAUAUCAAGGAGUACCCAGUCCAUGGGCAGUACAAUGUGAAUACCAAGGGGAGAAAAGAUGCAAAGAAGAAGAAUGCUCCGCUCGAUAUCAAGUUCGAGCACAACCAGGAGGGCCAAGCCUUAAAGGUUACCAUUCGUCCUGGAGCAAAGGAGGAGGAGGAGGACGAUGAGCAACAAGAUCAAGAGCACGAACAAGAACAGGAGCAGCAGCAACAAACUCAGAGCAAAAAACCCGGCAAGAAGCAACGCAAGCGAAACAAGAAGGAGCGUUCCCUUUCCGAAUCUGCCUGCGAGGAUAUGCUCGUCCAGGAGCCUUUGGCUGGAAAUCGCGAAUCGCAACCGAAAUGCUCUUUUAAGGUGCCUGCACAACGCAAGCAACGUAGCUUUUCUGAGUGUAAUGACAGUACCCGGGGCUCACAUCGCGGCAUCCUCAAGCGAUUUAGUCGCUACGCACCACGGCCCUCAAUAUCGGAUAGUUGCUCUUCCAUCGACGACUGCUCUUCGUACUCGUGCUCCGUGGACGCCUCCGGAACCUCACUGUUCUCGCAUUCAUUUGGCGGUAUUCCCGAGGAAGACCGGUCAGAUGCCGGGCUUUCGGAGAGCUGCAAGAAGACUGUUAGGUUUAAUGAUCACAUCAUGAAGCAAGUGUUCCGGCUUGACUCAAGCAUCCUGGGUCAGCGGAAGAAGAACCAGAAGCGACGCGAUCUCAAGCUGCGGGCUCAGCAGCGUCGCCUCAGCGAAGGUGAUUCCGUUGAUUACGAGGAGACCCGUGGCACUGCCCUCAAGGAACAAGGGAAUCCAUCAAGAAAUGGCAACAAGCCCCAGGGCGAGUCUUUGCUGCAUGACAGCGGACUGGAUCUCACUGGAGCAGCGAGUGCCCAAGGCAACAACAACGAAUCGGAUGCCAAGAACGCCAUGAUGUUUGAAAUGGAUGAUUAAGAUCAAGUUGUUUAAACCACAAAUAUAUUCAUAUUUUUUGAGUGUUUUCAAGAUUUUUAAAUGCUACUUAUAUAUUAACUAAUGCUACGUUUUUUUUAAAUAUUUAUACUGUAAUUUGUUUUGCAUCCAAGCAAAUUGCUCAAUUGGAAUGAAAUAUAUACAAAAAUUGUAUUUAGGCAACACAAAUCAGGGCUAAAUCAGAAAUCAAAAUAUUCAUUACAUCAUGUACCACUUGUUAUAUAAUUCGGUUAAUCAUUGAAACUGUUAAAACGAAAGAUGAAAUCCUGCGCUGAACUGAAAAACCUAUUAUUAUAGAUUAUAAAUAUUCAUGUUCAUUCAUAUUGCGAAACCCAGUUGAUGUCUUACAAGUUUGCAAACUAUAAGUUUUAAGUAAACAUUUAAACAUUCAUUUAUUGGCUGCAUGCUCAUAGCUCACAAAACAAUCAUAACACGAUAAACUUACAACAAUAUCAAUAGUUAACAAUUCCUCUAGUAUUAUACACACAACAGAAUCACCCGAAAUGCAUAAGUAGUGGAUAAGCUAUGUACAUGUUUAGAAACGCUGGCUGAAGCAAUGAAUGUAAUUUUAACUUUUGUAAGCGUGCUGAAAGUUAAAAUAUAUAAACAUCCCUUAUGAAUGAGAAA